GCUGAGGCUGUCGCGGGCAUGGCGGGCGCCUCGGUGAAGGUGGCGGUGCGGGUCCGGCCCUUCAGCGCCAGGGAGAGCAGCCGCCAGGCCAAGUGUGUCAUCCAGAUGCAGGGGAACACCACCUGCAUCACCAACCCCAAGCUCCCCAAGGACGGCACCAAACACUUCACCUUCGACUACUCCUACUGGUCCCACACCUCGGAGGAGGACCCCAACUUCGCCUCGCAGCGCCGCGUGUACCAGGACAUCGGCGAGGAGAUGCUGGCCCACGCCUUCGAGGGCUACAACGUCUGCAUCCUCGCCUACGGCCAGACGGGUGCCGGCAAGUCCUACACCAUGAUGGGGCGGCAGGAGCCGGGGCAGCGCGGCAUCAUCCCGCAGCUCUGCGAGGACCUGUUCGCCCGCAUGGCUCGGGAAGGGUCGCCGGAGCUGUCGUUCUCUGUGGAGGUGAGCUACCUGGAGAUCUACUGUGAGCGCGUGCGGGACCUGCUGAACCCCAAGAGCCGCGGGGGGCUGCGGGUGCGGGAGCACCCCCUGCUCGGGCCCUACGUGCAGGACCUGUCCCGCCUGGCCGUGGCCUCCUUCGCCGACAUCGCCGACCUCAUGGACAGCGGCAACAAGGCCAGGACGGUGGCGGCCACCAACAUGAACGAGACCAGCAGCCGCUCGCACGCCGUGUUCAGCAUCGUGUUCAGCCAGCGCCGCCAGGACCCGCUCAGCGAGCUGGCCACUGAGAAGGUCAGCCGCAUCUCCCUGGUGGACCUGGCGGGCAGCGAACGCGCCGACGCCUCGGGGGCCAAGGGCAUCCGCCUCAAGGAAGGCGCCAACAUCAACAAGUCCCUGACCACGCUGGGCAAGGUCAUCUCUGCCCUGGCCGAGGCGACCAGCAAGAAGAAGAAGCCGGAGUUCAUCCCGUACCGGGACUCGGUGCUGACGUGGCUGCUGAAGGAGAACCUGGGAGGGAACUCGCGCACAGCCAUGAUCGCAGCGCUGAGCCCGGCUGACUGCAGCUAUGAGGAGACGCUGAGCACGCUGCGGUACGCGGACCGCACCAAGCAGAUCCGGUGCCACGCGGUGAUCAACGAGGACCCGAACGCGCGGCUGAUCCGCGAGCUGCGCCGGGAGGUGACGCGGCUCCGGGAGCUGCUCAGCGCGCAGGGCCUCACCGACCCCUCCCUCACCUCCAGCGCCCCCCCCAGCACGGCGCCCCCCACCCUCAAUGGGGACCCGGGGCUGGAGCCCCCCCUGGGCCCCACCGAGGCCAUGGAGCGGCUGCAGGAAACGGAAAAAAUCAUCGCCGAGCUGAACGAGACGUGGGAGGAGAAGCUGAGACGGACGGAGGCGCUGAGGCUGGAGCGGGAAGCGCUGUUGGCCGAGAUGGGGGUGGCUCUGCGCGAGGACGGCGGCACUGUCGGGGUGUUUUCCCCCAAAAAGACCCCGCACCUGGUGAACCUCAACGAGGACCCCCUGAUGUCCGAGUGCCUCCUGUACCACAUCAAGGACGGCAUCACCAGGGUGGGACGGGUGGACGUGGACAUCAAGCUCUCGGGACCGUCCAUCCAGGACCAGCACUGCCUCUUCCGCAGCUGCCCCGACCCCUCCUCGGGGGAAGCUGUGGUGACGCUGGAGCCGUGUGAGGGGGCUGAGACCUACGUCAACGGGAAGCAGGUGACGGAGCCGGUGGUGCUCAAGUCGGGGAGCAGGCUGAUUUUGGGGCAGAACCACGUGUUCCGCUUCACGCACCCCGAGCAGGCGCGGCGGCAGCGCGAGCGGGGGGCGUCCCCAGGGCCCCCCCUGGACUGGAACCUGGCCCAGAGGGAGCUGCUGGAGCAGCAGGGCAUCGACAUGCGCCUGCACAGGCUGCAGGAGCUGCAGAACCAACCCCAGGGGGACAAGGAGGGGUCGGAGCAGACACAGCCCCCCGAGGCCCCCGUGUGCCCCGAGCCCCCUCCGUGCCCCGGGCCGGGCUGCCGGCCGCUCCCGGUGCCCUCCGUGGUGCCCUCGGGGCCGCGCCGGGCCGGGCGCCGGGAGCCGCUGCGCGUCUACCAGAUCCCGCAGCGCCGCCGGGGCCCGGGGACAUCAUCAUCGUCAUCGUCAUCAUCAUCAUCAUCAUCAUCGCCAGCCCCGAGGGUCAGCACCGAGCCCAGCCUGGAGCCGGCACCGCGGCUGCGCGAGGAGGAGGAGAAGGAUGAAGGCGGUGAGCAGGUGAGCGAGGUGGAGGGGCUGCGGCUGCACCUGGACAGGCUGGCCGGGAUCCUGAGCGAGGUGCGGCGCCAGAACAGCGCCAAGGACGAGCAGAUCCGGGCCCUGCGUGACCGCGUGGGGCAGAUGGAGCGCGUCAUCCCCAUCCCCCUGGACGACGCUGACGAUGCCGAUCCGCCCCCCCAGGACGCCCCCCGGGACCCCUCCCCGUGCCGCCCCCGGCCCCGCGCGGACCCCCCCUCGCCCCCGGGGGCGGCGGCGGCGCGGCUGUGCCGUUUGAUGGAGCAGGACCCGGCGUUCCGGCGGGGGCGGCUGCGCUGGCUGCGCCAGGAGCAGGCGCGGCUGAUGGCGGGCGGGGGUCCGCAGCCCCUCCUGCAGCCCCCCCGGCGCCCCCCGCGCUUCCAGCAGGACCCCAAGCUGCGCUUCCCCUUCAAGAGCAACCCCCAGCACCGCCUGGCCUGGGCAGGGGCCGCGGGGGACGCCCCCCAAGCUGACAACAGCCCCCUCCCCUCACUGCAGCCCCCUCCCCACUCGGGGCGGCCCCGCAGGGGGUCUCUGGAUGGGGGGUCCCCGCCCCCGCCCCGGGUCCGCCGCCAGCGCUCGGCUCCCGACCUGAAGGCGCGGGGUCAAAUCCCGUAGGGGGAUUUGGGGGCGCGCCCCCUCCCCAAAUGGACAAUCACAGCCCUCUCCCCACAUUUGGGGGGUGUCCCCGCCCCGGGGAGCCCCCAGCUGCUGUCACACUGCCCCACCCCCCCGUGUGUGUGUGUGUCUGGGGAGGGGUCCUCGGUCAGGAGGGCCCCCCCUAUUAGAGGGGAGUCCUUAAUUAAUGGCGAUCCCGCUAAUUAAACAGAAGCGCCUCAAUUAUGGGCCCCCCCCAA